AUGAUAACUGAUAAUGUUGGGGAUAUCAAUUCAAUUUCAGCUGCAUUCAAACCAUAUGCAUCAAUGCAAAAAGCCCAUCAUAUGCUGCUGUUUGGAUGUGAUGAACCAGGAAGUGAUCAGAAAAUAUGGGACUGCGGACAAAUGACAGCUGCUGGACCAACAUUUGUUCGGGCACAACCUUGUAAAAAUAAGCAAAGUAUCAUCUAUGCUUGGGGACGAGAUGCUCCACCACUUGUCUUACCGGAAGGAGUUGGUUUUAAAGUUGGUGGUGAAACCGAUAUAAAAUAUUUGGUACUACAAGUACAUUAUAUGAAAAAGCUUGGACCUGAUAAUUCCGGUGUUGCCAUUGAAUCAACCACAGAACCACUUGAUAAAACUGCUGCAGUUUUGUUGAUGGUUACUGGAGGUGUACUACCACCACUGUCUAAAGAAACAUUUGAAGCAGCAUGUGUAGUGGACGAAGACGUUGAGUUGCAUCCAAUUGCUUUCCGAACUCACACUCAUCGUCAUGGCAUAAAAGUCGAUAGCUGGGUGGUAAAAGAACUUCCUGAUGGUAACGACUACUGGCAACUGCUUGGAGCACGUAACCCACUACUGCCCCAAAUGUUUCAACCAGUCAACGAUACAGGAGUUGUUAUACAGGAAGGGGAUACUAUUGCAUCACGAUGCAUUAUGGAAAAUAAAGAGAACAAGGCUUUUGUAAUGGGGAAUACUGGAGACGACGAAAUGUGUAAUGUAUACCUUAUGUACUGGGCGUAUGGAGAUAACACUCUCAAGGAUAACGUAUGCUAUUCCGCAGGAGCACCGGAUUACAGCUGGAAGAAAGCUAACUUAAACAAUCUUCCGCAUAUGAAAUAG